CACCCUGCUCGACGAUGGGACAUCUAUUGGCGUCCUCAGGAAUUUUUUCCCAGCUCUACACAAUUCAUGCAAGGGUUCAAGAUUAUCGUGAGAACAGCAAAUCCGUGCCACUGGUGUAUGCACUAAUGACGCGAAAGACUGAGGCUGCAUACAUCCGCCUUUUUAAGGACCCUUCAAUAUGGUUGAGGAAGCCACUGGAAAUCAACUGAGUUCACUUUUCUUUUGACGGACUUUGAGCAGGCCGCAAUGAAUGCCAUUCAGAAGGUGUUGCCAGACACAAAGUGCCACAGGUGCUUGUUUCACUUGGGACACGCCAUCUACAAGCACGUGCAGGAGUACAAGCUCCAACCCCAGUAUAACCGUGACAAGAGCUUCGCGACGUCUGUGCGGAUGUUGACGGCACUGGCUUUUCUACCGUACGAGAGGAUCAGAGAGAGGUUUGCUGAGAAAAGCAGGCACACAACUUUUACAAGGCAUACAGCGCUAAGGUCAACUGGAAGUUGCUGUCCCUAUUUGUCACUUAUUCAUUGCCUCAAUAUCUCCGGUGUGGAGAUUCCUGCACUGCAUGAUGCCAAAGAUGGAAUGCUGCGAAGUUGGCGAAGACAGCCAUGAAAGUUCAGCAAGGAAACAAUGACGACUUCGCUUUUGACUGGGACGAUGACGAUUUUUCCCCAAUCACCCAGCCGAUGCACUUUUAUAACUCGUCUACAUCAAAUGCAAGUUCUAUUCUAGUGGUGGCGCAACCACCACAAAGGGGCUUCCUUCAUGAUCCUGUACUGGUUGAGGAGCCACCAUCCCCUGACAUCACUCGUACCUGGUCCGGUGACAGACCCAUCACUUAAAGCCGCCGCGCCUCUUUCUG